AUUGAUGAACCGCUUUUCUGGCCAUUUGAGCAGAAAACUGAUUGGAAUUCAGAAGCAAACUGCAAUUACUUUUCCAUGUCACCCCGGAAGGGCAUAAGUAUAACAGCGUCUGAAACUCCAUCAGAUUCAAUUCCGUUAGAACACCAUGAUAGGAACAUGGAUGCCGAAGAAGGGCAGGGGGUAAGACUAGUUUUCAGCUCAGGAUCAGCAGCAUCGAAGAUUAUGAAAUUGAAGCAAAAAUACAAGGGUGUCCCGCGGACUAAUACUUUGCCUUCAAGGUUGAGCAAGGCAACCAAAAUUUGUGAGAAAAAUGUACCUUUAGAUACCAAAUAUUAUGCUGUAGAACCCGAAAAUGGAAAAGUACAUGUCAAUGAACCAGUUGGUAUGGUUAACGAUCGCAUAGAUGAAGAUAUUGCAGCAAAAGAAGUUCUCAUUGAGACAUUCACGGGCCUUGCUGAGUUUGAUGGACACAAGCAUGUUGAUUCAGAAUUCAACGAAGAUGAUUUCUCAUUGCAUGCGUCUCUUUGUUAGUUUGAUUGUAGAGCGUUUCUCAUUGUGUAGAUGAAUGAACCACAAAGUGAAAAUCUGGAUGCUUAUAACAGUCUUGGUCAGUCUUUUAACAAUCAUAUACAGUCGGUUUAAGGCACAGCGUGGCCUGAAAGUAUCACCUGACAAUAGAAGUCCAAUGCGAUAAGGGUCACAUCUCAUCCAGUUAUUUUCGCUCUUUCAGCAACUUCUGCACAGUCAACUUAUUUGUAGGUUGUUUACAUUUCACUGUAAUCCCUAUUGCCGCAUUCUCUUUUCUUGUUUAUUAGUUUUGCAAGAAAAUUUCAGCUCAAAAAUCGUUUGAAGCCAGCCAACCAAUAAGCAGAUACCAUACUGUCUCCCCAUGUCUCCAAUCCACAUGUGCCUUUGGUUUGAUGGAUCCGUGUAGGACAACGAUUAAACUAAAAGAGUUACAAUUAUAAUUCAAGGAUUAUGAGAACAACUCCUGAUGGGAUUUGGUUCAACGCACAGAAGCUAUAGAUUUGAUGUCCUGGUCAGUGUUGGAUUGAGGCAAAGCAGCCACGCUUGUUUAUCAUUAUGUGGGUGGUUCCAAAGCCACAGGGACACCCGAGACUUGCUCACAAUACUACGGUGUUAUUCCACCACUUCCCCAUUUGCUAAUUUAACAGAUUGUCGUGUUAAAGUGUCUUCUAUUGUGCUGUAUUGUGAACGUGAAGGCAGUUCUGGCUGUUGCAGAUUUAGAGAGGAAAGGCACAAACCUAUAUUUGACAUAGCGGAAAAGUUCAAGAAUGCCUGGAAGAUCAAAUGUACUUCGACGCGCAACAUGGUUCAAAGAUGCAAGGUCAGAUUGCAUCCUGUAGU